AUGAAGACCAUCGGGGGGCUCCUUCUGCUCUGCACAAUGACUCAUUUCUUCAGUAACCCAGAGGCCAGCAUAGACUAGGACAUUCUCUUGUGCCCACAGCAGGUGGACUGCAGCAUUUACAAGAAGUACCCAGUGGUGGCCAUCCCCUGCCCCAUCACAUACCUGCCUGUUUGUGGUUCUGACUACAUCACCUAUGGGAAUGAAUGCCACCUAUGCAUUGAGAACUUGAAAAGUAAUGGAAAAGUUCAGUUUCUUCAUGAAGGAAGUUGUUAACUUCUCCACAGACAUGGGUACAGAGCGAUGAUAUCUUCACCGUCAUCA